AUGGCGGCUACACGUUCUGCUGCCCUCAAAAUCGACUGGGCUAACCUGGGCACCAAGCUCGGCCUGCGAGGCAACACCGCCCAGGCCCUCGCCAACUUCAAGAAGCGCAACGAUGACGCGCGCCGCAAAGUCCAAGUCCUCUCCGAGACGCCGCAGACCGUCGACUUCGCCCACUACCGCGGCCUUCUGAAGAACCAGGACGUCAUCGCCGACAUUGAGAAGCAAUUCAAUGCUUUCCAGCCCAAGAAGUAUGAUGUUCAGAGGCAGAUCAAGGCGAUUGAGGCUUUCGAGGCCCAGGCCGUGAAGAGCGCGGAGGAGACCAAGGGCAAGGUUGAUGCGGAGUUGAAGGAUCUUGAGAAGACUCUUAAGAACAUUGAGUCUGCUCGUCCGUUCGAGGACCUCACUGUGGACGAGGUUGUGGCUGCUCGCCCAGAUAUCGACAAGCGCGUCGAACAGCUCGUGUCCAAGGGCCGCUGGCAAGUGCCUGGCUACCAGGAGAAGUUCGGCAACCUCUCUGUGCUUUAA